CAUGAACAUCAACACACUUGCAAAUCUUUUUAAUAGAACUUCUAACAAAAGCAAAUCUUGUAACAAAAAAAAGAGAGCACAUAAACGCAAACAAUCAAUAGUUAAUUACGUCUGUGUGAUUGGUUAUAAUCAUUGAGGCGGCGAAGGUUUAAACCAAAAUAAUGAAAGUUUUAAGAAACUAAACAAAAAAUGUUCGUUGCUUAUUGUAGAGUUAACUUUGUUUCUAAGCUCUGUUCCAAUAUUUACCUCAGGCCCACCAGCUAAGAAAAGGAUCGUGGCACCAUCCUGACCAAAUGAGUGAUGAUUCAGAUUUAAAACUAUGGCUGCUCCACUUCCCCCCACUCUGGUCCAGUUACGACCCCACUCUCUCUCUCCCAUCGCAUCUUUGGCAUAUCUUUGUCGGUUCACGUGUCUAUUUAGUGACCAAGGGGACAUAAACUGUCCGAUACUUAACCACUGAAACAUCAACUCCAUCAUCUCUUUCAAACUCCAAUCCAGGAUGAGAUUUUAAAACACAAUUUGGUGAUUAUGAUUGCUCGCCAUCUUCAACUACUUUCACCACCAAACCCAAUCACUCUUCUUCUCCUUCACCAAAAAACCUCCAUUGUCCCCCCCCUCUCUCCAGCUUCGAUCUUGGCCAUGAGAACCCUUCUCGGAUUCUACAUCCUCUGUCUUUUACUCGGACAAGAUCUUGCAGAUGACGUCACCCAGAACCUCUGUUUCACAAACCGUUUAUCCGACUUCCUCCCUCCACCGUACAGCAACAUCUCCGACUCCAUGCCAUGUACACCUCUCUGGAACACAUUCGUCUUAAGGUACUCAGAAAACAGAGAAAAUGUAAUGACGAUCAUACUCUCGGCUCUAUACACAACCGGGUGGGUCGGAGUCGGAUUCUCCAGAGACGGAAGAAUGGUGGGAUCAAGCGCGAUGGUGGGGUGGAUUUCGAAGAAGGGUCAUGCUAAAAUCAAACAGUACUAUCUCCAAGGAACAGAGAGAGACCAAGUUGUGCCUGAUCAAGGAGAGUUACAGUUACAGAAAGUUCCUCCGGUGGUGGCUCUUCAUGGAGCAAUGAUUUAUUUGGCUUUUCAGGUGAAGUUUACCGUUAGAGUUCCUCGUAGAGCGGUGAUUCUAGCGUUUAGCUCGGCUUAUCCUUCGAAGCUUGGCCGUUUGAGUAAGCAUGAUGAUAAAACUACUGUUAUCGUUGACUUCUCAAAAGCAAAUGGUGUAACAUCAUCCAUACAAACCACAGCUUCCUCGGAGAAGACAAGACAUGGAGUUAUGGCAAUACUGGGAUGGGGUUGUUUACUUCCUCUAGGGGCAAUCCUGGCGAGAUAUCUCAGGCAUAGAGACCCUCUUUGGUAUUAUCUUCACAUUUGUAUUCAGUUCACUGGAUUUAUCUUCGGUCUAGCCGCUGUUAUCCUUGGAAUCCAGCUUUACAAUAGGAUCCAACCAGAUAUACCUGCACAUCGAGGCAUUGGGAUCUUUCUUCUAAGCCUCAGCAUUCUUCAGGUUUUGGCUUUCUUUGUGAGACCGCACAAGGAGACAAAGAUGAGACGGUAUUGGAAUUGGCAUCAUCAUUGGAUUGGGAGGAUCUCUUUGUUCUUUGGAGCAGUGAACAUUGUUCUUGGGAUACGAAUGGCUAAUAGUGAAGAAGAUGGAUGGAAAAUUGGAUAUGGGUUUGUUUUGUCAGUGACAUUACUUGCUUUUCUUGUUCUUGAAAUACUCAGGAUUCGUGGCUCUAUUGGUUCACCUUCUUCUCACACGCCUCCUUUUGAGACACAUUCAAGUUCUACUACUGUUUGAUUAAAGAUCCUCUGUUUUGGAUUUUGUUGGCUAAAGUCAUUAUUGUCCUUAGAUUUAUAGUUAUUGAUUGAAUCUUGUUUAGAUUAGCAUGGUGGAAUUUAUUCUUUCUGAAGGUUAGUCUUUUUUUUUUAUAUUCUUGACCUCUUUUUGCUGUCAUUUUGAAUUUUAAAGUGGAGUUUUCAAGGUUGCUUUUCA